UACAAUGGGCACCGAGACCACAGUGUAUUAUCUUUAGAAGUGAUUGGAGAUUGGGCCAUCGAGAAAAACACAUUGGUAUUUUUAUUACAACGAUCCUGUGUGCGAGAAAUACAUGAAGGCCCCUGAGGAUGUGAACAAUUUUUAUUACAACGAUCCUAUACCAAGGUCCCAGAGGAUGUGAACUAUUUGAACAAAGUUUGAGUAUUAAUAUUAUGUGUUCAUAAAAUGACGGGAAAGUUUAAAGGGAAUUAACAAAGUAGCAUGAUGCAAAGGAUUGGUUUUGAUUAAUUGUUUGUUCGUAGAAAAUCCAUUCGAUUUCUUACCAAGUGUCUGAUAACGUUACAGAAAAUAAUGUUGCUACCGUUGAAAAAUUUAAAAGUUAUUCUUGGAUUGUGUGUUGCAAUAUGUGUAUUAUUUAUGUACAUAUCACAGAGAAUGCAGGAUGAAAAGAUUCUCAUCUUUAAAACGCCAAGAUGGCUAUCAAUAUAUCGAGGCCCAGAGUUUAAUAACAGCAGAGAUGACAAAAAUAAAACUGUUACAGCCAUAGUUGGGGCCAAUGGAGCUUUGAAACUGGAAAAGGAAGUUCGUGUUUUAUGCUGGAUAAUGACGGCACCAAAAACUUUAUAUAAAAAAUGUAAAGCGGUGAAGGAAACGUGGGGUAAGAGGUGCAACAAGGUCCUUUACUUCAGUUCCAAGACCGAUGACGACUUUCCAGCCAUUGGAUUAAAUGUUUCUGAGGGUCGUGAACAUCUUACCGAAAAAACAAUGAUGGCGUUCACGUACAUUUAUCACAACCAUUUUAAUGACGCUGAUUGGUUCAUGAAAGCCGAUGACGACACUUACGUCAUUGUGGAAAAUCUUCGAUAUUUUUUAUCGACAAAGAAUUCCAGCCUGCCGGUAUAUUAUGGACAUUGGUUCAAUCAAUUCCUCAAACAGGGAUAUUAUAGCGGGGGUGCUGGUUAUGUUCUAAGUAAAGAAGCCCUGAGACGAUUUGGUAAAUUCAGCAACAAAUCCUGUGUAAAGGCAGGAAAUUACGAAGAUGUCGAUUUUGGAAGAUGUAUGGAUAAACUUGAUGUCCUGACCGAAAGUUCUCAUGACGACCAAGGUAGAAGCCGUUUCCAUUGCUUCGAUACUAAAACAAUGUUAAUGAGAGGCUUCCCUUCAUGGUAUUAUCAAUAUGACAAAUAUGGCGCUAACAAGAACAAUAUGAGUGAUUAUGCCAUCUCCUUUCAUUACAUUUCACCGUCAGAUAUGUACUUAUUAGAUUAUUACGUUUACCAUCUUAGACCAUACGGUCUGUUUAAAACACAAUCUGGUUAAAACACAGAUCCUAUUUCGUUUCGUUUUUAUAGUUCAAAAUUUCGUUUUACUUGUUUUACUACACUUGGAUCUGGAAGAAUUGUUAUUUAAAUCGUGUUCUGAAUGGUGUGAGGGAUAAGCCAAUGAAACGGUCUGUUACGGCGAGCUUUAGGCGUGUUUUGCACGGAACUGUGGGUAAUCCACUAGUAACAUCAAUGCUGAUUAGUCUUUUGACCCCUGACAUGACCUAUGGCUAUAACUUGUCAGAUCUUCAUGUAGUGUAGGCCAUCGAAAGUAUAAAAAACGAAACGAAAUAUAGAUCUGUAUUUUAAUCAGAUUGGUUUUGAAAUAAAUAUUUUUUUAAGUCAGUCAUAAACUCUGCUUGGAAGUGGCCGGGUUCUCGAAGAAUUUUUAGAAGAUCGUUCCACAUUUUAGAUGCUCUGACGGAGAAAGCAUAUUCACCAGAAUGUUUAUUAUAUUUAGGAAUCCCCAAUAUGGUACGAUCACUUGAAGAACGAAUGUUGGAUCGUGUUCUAGUUAUAAUAUCCCUAUUUCAUUUUAUUUGCAAAGUAACGCACCAGUUGACGCCGAAUUUCUUGAUCAUAUGAUGAAGGGUAAUUCAAUAUGUCUGUUAAACAGACACUAUAGGUACCCUGUUUAUUAUGUAUAACCGGUAGAUAUAGGUAUCGUGUUUAUUAUGUAUUACCUGUAGAUACAGGUAUCGUGUAUAUUAUGUAUAACCGGUAGAUACAGGUAUCGUGUAAAUUAUGUAUUACCUGUAGAUAUAGGUAUCAUGUUUAUUAUGUAUUACCGGUAGAUACAGGUAUCGUGUAUAUUAUGUAUUACCGGUAGAUAUAGGUAUCAUGUUUAUUAUGUAUUACUUGUAGAUAUAGGUAUCGUGUAUAUUAUGUAUUACCUGUAGAUAUAGGUAUCAUGUUUAUUAUGUAUUACCUGUAGAUAUAGGUAUCGUGUUUAUUAUGUAUUACCUGUAGAUAUAGGUAUCGUGUUUAUUAAGUAUUACCUGUAGAUAUAGGACUCCUGUUGAUUUGCAGACCAGGUCGCACCGGAAGCAUAUAAUUAUUGUUAGAAACCCGAGAACACCUUGGGCGAAUCCACCAAAGUACGACAGUUAUGAUAAUUUGAACAUGAAAUGAAAUGAAAUGGGGUUUAACGGCCUCGUGUUCUGCACCGACUGGGCUUAUUAAGACGUGCAUACACCAUACAGUGUGCUACGAGGGCAAUUUUACCCGGACAGCGGCACUACAACGAACUUGUAUAUCGAUUUCCAACUGUCUAGCGUUACUUGGGGGAUCACGUGGUUAAGUGGGUAAGACGCUGGCUCGCUAGCCUGGAGGUCGGGUGUUCGAUCGCUGCAUUGGCCGAGAAAGUUCAUUCAAAUUUUCCGGCGUGGUUUCCCCUUGUCAGUGAUGCAGGACGGCGGGCCUGACAAGGACAGCUGUCUAGUCGUUCGGAUGGGACGAAAAACCGAGGUCCCGUGUACACAUUGGCGUGCACAUAAAAGAACCCUUGGCAGUUGGAAUUCGAUAUAAGAGUAGCCCAUAGCGCCGCUGCCCGGGCAAAAUUUUCCUCAUAGCACACUGUAUGGCGUAUGCCCGUCUUCAUUAGCCCAGGUUAGGAGCAGAACAGUAGGACGUUAAACCCCAUUUCAUUUCAGUUGCUUUACUUGCACGCCAAUCUGUACACGGGACCUCGGUAUUUCGACCCGACUAAACGACUAUAUAAAUUGAACAUACUACCAGCCUAACCAAACACAAUUUAAAUAGGUUUAUAGAGAAAUUAAUCCAUGAAAGUAUGUUAAGUUUGGUUUAAGACAUGAAUAGCUGAUCAACCCCGUCAUGAAUAGGUUUAUAUAAAAAUUAAUCCAUGUAGAUAUGUUAAUUUUGGUUUAAGCCAUGAAUAGCUUAUUAACUUUGUCAUGGAUAAUAUUGAUUUGUUAAAACAGUGAGAAAGAAUCUCGGCAGGUCUAUAUAUUUAUUGUUACAUAUUGAUUUGAGAAAUCAAAGGGAAAGAGUUCGUCUAUUCCUAAAAGCCUGUGUAUAUAUAUAGAGAAUUUCCUAUUCGUCUUUUUUGAUCCCCAAAUAAUAUCAAAACAAGUCGAUAAAGUAAAAAAAAAAAUAAACGAGGCUUUGUCGAGUUUUUCUUUACUUUAUCGACGAGUGUUGAUAUUUUUUGAUAUCAAAAAAGACGAUUAGGAGAUUUUAUUUAUCACCCAAUCCCUUCUUACAUGCACAAAUAAAUAAAUAUAUUUCUUUGCUAUAGAUUUCACUUUUACUGAACUUGAUUACAUUACGGCGUAGUGAUACAUCAAUUUUUUAACAGCAAUUCAACCAUUGCAAUGUCCUUUAUAUUGACCAAGUGUUUCCAUCAAGGUCAAUUAAAUAAAAAUAGUUCCUUUUUAUUAAGAAAGAAGUUACUUUUAAUAAAAAAUGAACUGUUCUUUUAAAAUACAAAAAAGUACUUCCUUUUUGAUUGACCAAUCAAAUUCAUGUUAAGCAAUAUCUCCUAAUGAGAUAUCGCAGUAGAUUAUGAAAUUUAUCACACAAGCGAUAUCUACUGUAGAAUGUAUUAUUGGGUGAUAAAUAACAUUAUCAUAGAAGCACGCAGACCAAAAUAAGAUAUAUGAAGGGAAU